AUGGAGUACAUGAGCACUGGAAGUGACGAUAAAGAAGAGAUCGAUUUAUUAAUUAAACACUUGAACGUGUCCGAUGUCAUAGACAUUAUGGAAAAUCUUUACACGAGUGAAGAGCCAGCGGUUUAUGAGCCCAGUCUGAUGACCAUGUGUCAAGACAGUAAUCAAAACGAGGAGCGUACAGAAUCUCUGCUGCUCAGUGGCCAGGAGGUGCCUUGGUUGUCCUCCGUCAGAUAUGGCACCGUGGAGGAUUUGCUUGCCUUUGCAAACCAUAUAUCCAACACGGCAAAGCGUUUUUACGGACACCGACCACAGGAAUCUGGAAUUUUAUUAAAUAUGGUAAUCACUCCCCAAAAUGGACGCUAUCAAAUAGACUCUGAUGUUCUCCUCAUCCCUUGGAAGCUGACUUACAGGAAUAUUGGCUCUGAUUUCAUACCUCGGGGGGCGUUUGGAAAAGUAUACUUAGCACAAGAUAUAAAGACUAAGAAAAGAAUGGCCUGUAAAUUGAUCCCAGUAGAUCAAUUUAAGCCAUCCGAUGUGGAAAUCCAGGCUUGCUUCCGGCAUGAGAACAUUGCCGAGUUAUAUGGCGCAGUCCUAUGGGGUGAAACCGUGCACCUCUUCAUGGAAGCAGGCGAGGGAGGGUCUGUCCUAGAGAAACUGGAGAGCUGUGGACCAAUGAGAGAAUUUGAAAUUAUUUGGGUGACAAAGCAUGUUCUCAAGGGACUUGAUUUUCUGCACUCAAAGAAAGUGAUUCAUCAUGAUAUUAAACCUAGCAACAUUGUUUUCAUGUCCACAAAAGCCGUUUUGGUGGAUUUUGGCCUAAGUGUUCAAAUGACUGAAGAUAUCUAUUUUCCUAAGGACCUCCGUGGAACAGAGAUUUAUAUGAGCCCAGAGGUGAUCCUAUGCAGAGGUCAUUCAACCAAAGCAGACAUCUACAGCCUGGGGGCCACACUCAUCCACAUGCAGACAGGCACCCCGCCCUGGGUGAAGCGCUACCCUCGCUCUGCCUAUCCCUCCUACCUGUACAUAAUCCACAAGCAGGCGCCUCCGCUGGAAGAUAUUGCAGAUGAUUGCAGUCCCAGCAUGAGAGAGUUGAUAGAGGCCGCCUUGGAGAGGAACCCCAAUCACCGCCCGAGGGCAGCAGACCUGUUAAAACAUGAUGCCCUGAACCCCCCCAGAGAGGAUCAGCCGCGCUGUCAGAGUCUGGACUCCGCCCUCCUUGAGCGGAAGAGGCUGCUGAGCAGGAAAGAGUUGGAACUUCCAGAGAACAUUGCUGAUUCUUCAUGCACAGGAAGCACUGAGGAAUCAGAGAUGCUAAAGAGACAGCGUUCCCUCUACAUAGACCUUGGGGCCCUGGCUGGCUAUUUCAACUUUGUACGGGGUCCGCCAACACUAGAAUAUGGCUGA